GUUGAGUUGCUGAAGUCAGUGGAGUUGAAGGAUAUAGCAAAACCCCCGUUAUAAGAUAAUGGCACCCAGGAUCCUCACAGAGCAGCCCGGACAAGUGGGGUUGCUUCUGUCUCCCCUGGCAUGACAGACAGACAGACCUUCUCUUCCUCCCCAACUCUUUUAUCCCAUACCAUGGGUGGGGGAAACUAAGAAAAGAACAGAGAGGAAGGAGAAAAGAUCUGCUGCUGUUUAGGGCUGGAGGGGUUAGAGGAUGGAAAUUCAUAGACUUUAGGCUAGAAGGGACCAUUCUCAUCCUCUAAUCUGACCUCCUGCAUAACACAGGCUAGAGAAGAUCACCAAAUGGUUCCUGCAUCAAGCCCAUAACUACCCUGGAAUUCGUGUGGUUCUGCGGUCUUGUCACAUGUUUAAUCCUAGUAGUAAUUCACGCUCUGCUCUUCAGACAUUCACGGACUAAUCCUCACAGCUGCCCUGAGUAACAGGUGAUGCAGAGGCCUCUCACCUCUUCGAUUACAGUUCCACUAAAACAUCUAAAGGAGGAGAUCGGUCCUUUUACACAUCUCUGAUAGCAGAUGACCAUUACACAUCUCCACCAGAUUCCACCUACUUCUCGGGAAUACUGCAAAAAGAAAACAGCCCUGUUACUUGUUCAGACAGCACAGAAGGGUUUAACACAAUAGGGCAUUCCAUUCAAGAUGUGAUGGGAUUUGAGUCCCGUGGGUUGUUUAGCUCAGAUUCAGGAAUAGAGAUGACUCCUGCAGAACCCACUGAUGUUAAUAAAACCUUAGCAGAUCCCAUGAAAGUAGAAGCUUAUAAAUACAUGGACAUAAGUAGAUCAGAAGAGGUAAAAUACCAAGAAAGAUGCAACACAAGCUUAGAAGACAAGAAUACAAGCUUUAUCGAUAAGUGCCCUGAAACAGCAGCCAAGUUAGAGCAUAUUUCUGGAUCUAAGAAACCCGCUUUUGAGGAGACAAAAGUGGCCAAAGGACAAAACUUUUUUGAAGAAUCAACUGUUCCAUCCUGUGCAGAGGAAAUAUUUGGUGAUCAACACAGUGCCUCACUGAUUACAGCACCGGUCAAGAUUACACUCACUGAGAUAGAAAGCGUAGGAGAAACUGCAAACAAAGAGUCACCUCCAAAUAAGCAAGAAACAGGGCUGAAACCAAGCCAUGAAGUGGUUCCAACAGUGACUGUGUCAGAGCCAGAAGAUGACAGCCCAGGUUCUCUCACACCACCAUCUUCUGGCACAGAACCAUCUGGCUCAGAAUCUCAAGGUAAAUGCAGCCUGUCAGAGGAUGAGCUCAUCGGUGCCAUUAAAGAAGCAAAGGGCUUUUCUUUUGAAACCUCUGAAGUCCAGCGUUCACCAGGUCUUUAUACAGAAAAACAAGAUCAGAAAAGCAAGCCAGGGCGUCCAGCUGUUUCAUCCCCCUUAGAUAACGAAGCCAGCAGUGCCGAGUCUGGUGACUCUGAGAUAGAGCUGGUCUCAGAAGACCCGCUAGCUGCUGAAGAGAUGCUACACUCCAGCUACAUGACCUUCAGUCAUAUCGGAGGGCCUCCCCCUUCGCCUGCUUCUCCUUCAAUACAGUACAGCAUCCUGAGGGAAGAGCGUGAAGCUGAACUCGACAGCGAACUGAUUAUCGAGUCAUGCGAUGCCUCUUCAGCUUCCGAAGAAAGUCCCAAGAGGGAGCAAGAUUCUCCUCUCAUGAAACCAAUAAUCAUGGACAUAAUCCGGGAAGAGAGUGGUUCGAGAACUGAUGCUUCUGACUUUGAAGUAAGUAAGACAACAGAGAGUAGGAUGAACAGGGAAAAUCUAGCUGAGUCUGCUUCCUAUCUGAAAUGCUCUUUUGUAGCACCCAAAGUAAGUGUUGAGCCACCAACCUCUGCCAUCGAUACUGAAGAACUAAAAGAAAAAAUAAUUCAGAAGAAGCCACUUGAAGCAACAGUUGUUAACCAAAGUAAACUGUCAUCCAAGGACUCUGGGAAAAGAAGUUCCUUGGCUUCCCCCUCACUGCCAUUUUUAAAUAAGCAAAAAGCUAUCGACCUGUUGUACUGGCGUGACAUCAAGCAGACAGGGAUAGUGUUCGGAAGCAUCCUGCUACUGCUCUUCUCUCUGACCCAGUUCAGUGUGGUCAGUGUUAUUGCCUACCUGGCACUAGCUGCUCUCUCAGCCACCAUUAGCUUCAGAAUCUACAAGUCAGUUUUACAGGCUGUGCAGAAGACUGAUGAAGGCCAUCCAUUCAAAGCCUACCUGGAGAUGGAAAUGUCUCUCUCACAGGACCAGAUUCAGAAAUACACAGACUGUCUCCAGUUGUACGUGAACAGCACAGUCAGAGAGCUGAGGAGACUCUUCCUUGUCCAGGACCUGGUGGAUUCCUUAAAAUUUGCAGUACUAAUGUGGCUGCUGACUUACGUUGGAGCGCUCUUCAAUGGCCUGACUCUUAUGAUCAUGGCUGUGGUCUCUAUGUUUACUCUACCUGUUGUAUAUGACAAGUAUCAGGCACAGAUUGAUCAAUACUUGGGACUUGUGAGGACCCACAUAAACACUGUCAUGGCAAAGAUUCAGGCGAAAAUCCCAGGCGCUAAGAGAAAGGCAGAGUAAAGCAGACAUCAAGAAUCCAUCAACAACAGUAGUGAAUAAUGGGGGAGUCUGGAGUGCAAACAGCUCUGCUCUUACACUUCAUUGCAAAUUUAUUGUUCCUUUUUUUUUCUCAACACCAUGUUCUUAGAACAUAAAACACAAAAGCAGCUCUUUUUCCUUGCUGCUUGUGUACUCUUAGAAUAUUUGCAAUCACUUGUGUCAAGCACUAAAGUAUAGUAAAAAGAAAAGUGUACUAGA